GGUUAAUUUUACAAACAUCUCUGGAAUAAUUAAUAAGUGCAGAAAGCAGAAGAGAUGAGGAAGUGAGCAUCGUGUGUUUAAAAUUUAAACUUCCAAGAAAUUAUCAUAUUAAAGGAAUACUUUCUGAACAUAUAGUGAAUGUUGUGCCGGAAAUGGAAUUAUAGCAUCUAGAAAUGUGGACCGCCAGUGUCCCUCUUGGAUACUGAAGUUUAGACGUUGCAUAUCCAGGGUCGUCGUGACCAAAAUCACGCAUGCGCAAUGCCACAGUUAGUGUUGUUUCACAGGAGUUGGGGGAUCGGAAGUGACGACUUCGUGUUUCCGGGAGCCGUCGACGGGAUUGUUCGAUGUGUUUGGUUGUUGAUCGUGAUUAUCAUGUACUCGUUGUACGCCAAAGACCCAGACGACACGUGCAUCGAUAGCGUCUACCUGCACGUGUACUUCGUGGGGCUGAUCAUCUUUCUACUGGUCACUGCGUGUCUCGAGUUCGCCAUAGCAUACGCCAGCAAGCAGGGAACCAUUGCCGACAGCUCGGGCCGGAAGCAUUUGCCGUAUUUACUCUACAUCCGGUUCGUUGUUGGAUUACUGGAAGUCACGUGGAACGCUUAUGGAACGUGGGUGGCUUUCGAGGCGUCAAAACAUUGCCGUGAUGGUGUUGUGAAUUUAGCGAAAGGAACCGUGAUAGCGGGCUGGGUUGUGUUAUUCAUUGCUGUGUUGACCUGUUUAGUGGUAUUUAACCUAUAUCCCGCAACCAAUAAACCUCGAGCGCGCACGAGACAAUUUAAACGAGCUUCUCGAAGAACGUUUUCUCAGACCAAGAGAUGGGAGAAAAGGUGUCGCUGUCUAUUUUUGUGUGCUCGGAAUGAUACGGAAAGCACGGGCGUGUUUACGACAUUGGCAGAGCUGUGUGCAGACUACUUUAAGGGUACCGAUCUCGUGCCUUCUGACGUCAUAGCAGGACUGAUUCUACUGAGCCGGAAGCAAGAACGCGAACGCCACCAGUUCCGUGUCUAUGUCGACCGCGCCAGUAGCAGACGGUAUACAUCGCUGCCAAAUGAAGACUUCGUCGACGCUGCUGACGUCAGUAACGAGCACGUGACUCGGCCUACGUCAUGGAUGACGUUGGACUUAAUGAGCCACUAUUUGAAGUACGCCCUUGGAAGCUACGGGUGGCCAUUUUACCUCACUCUCACAAAAGGGAUGUGUGGAUUGUGUUCUCUGUGCAUGGCGUGCAGGUGUUGCUCGUGCUUCCGCAAAGAGCGACCGGUGUACUCCGACAAUUGUUGCCAAUGCAACACAGCCGCAUUCGUAAACACGACGGGCUUAGACGAGGAUGAUAUAGUACAUGUCAGCCUUCAUAACGAGAUUUAUGAAAUUCCAUUUUAUGUCGUGAUAGACAAGACGCAGAACGCUGUUGUGAUCGCCAUACGUGGGACUUUGUCGCUAGAGGAUGUGAUUACGGACCUGAAUGUAGACCGAGGCGACCUUAACAUACCUGGCAUCCCGGAAGCGAAGGCGCACAACGGAAUCCUCAGUAGCGCAAACUACCUCCGCAGAACUCUCAUCGAUCAAGAUAUCAUCAAGAAAGCUCUUAGUCGACUUCCGGGUGCCAGCCUUGUUGUCACUGGUCACAGUUUAGGGGCAGGGGCCGCGGCGCUUCUAGCCAUUUUGCUCAAACCAGAAUACCCAGAAGUGAGAUGUUACGCCUUUUCGCCCCCGGGAGAACUUGUCAGCCCGGAAGUGAGCCAGUAUGCGGAAGAUGUCGUCUGCACGGUGGUCCUAGGUGACGACAUCAUUUCGCGACAGGGCAUGCUCAUGAUGGUUGAUCUGAAGAUGCAGAUUCUCAAGGUCAUCCAAGAGACGAGACUGCCAAAAUAUAAAAUCUUGUCUAGUGGAUGUUCGCGCAUGUGUUGUGGACGGAGCGCCACGUUAGAUGAAAACGUGUACGGCCAUGAUGACGUUUUUGACGGCCCAACGAGCGCUGACGCUAACGCAGUCGCAAACGGAAAGAUGUCCCAGAGAUCGAGUUUACAGAUCUCUAUUGAAGAAUGCGAGAAACACCGAAAGGAAAAAAUCCAGAGGAACUACUCAGCGCUUCUCCUGCCGGGAAAGAUUCUCCAUAUAGAGCAAAGCAACGUUAGCGGCGACGAAAAUUUCGUGGCUCACUGGAAACAAAAAGAAGAGUUCACGGAGAUAAUUGUCUCAUCUGAAAUGUUUUCGCACCAUUUCCCAGACUCCCUUUUAGACGCCAUUGAUCAACUUCGGGACCGGAAGUAUACUCCUGUGCAUGCGUCAGAUAAACUGGACUUACCGGACGUAAGGUUGACCGUUUUAUCUGAAUGAGCGUUUAAGACCACGCUUAUUACGCUACCCUUUGUGCAAUUUUGAACGAACACGAAAACAAUUACAUUCACGAACGUGCAAAUGUCCAUGACCGUACAUUAAACUCGCAAUAUGUGCAUCAAAUUCUUUUCGCUUUCUUUUAUCAAAUCAAUCAUUAGAGUGUGGCAUGUUUUAGGGUUUAAUUUGUUUUGUCGUUAAGACUAUUAAAAACUAAACAUUACUAGCGGCAUUUAAGUUAUUCUCAGUUUAAAAAAAAAUGUAAAUGCUCUUUUUAGUAUGAGAUUGAUCCUUACACGUUCAAAAAUUUACGUUGAAAGUUAUACAUAACUUGGAUUAAAAAAUUAUCAUAAGUGACAACAAAUAAACAUAUCCUGUAAUAUCGACCAGUCUUACAUUAUUAUAAAAUUAUAUUUAUACCCCUACAAACAAAGUUUAGGGGGUAUAUAGGAGUGAGCUUGUCUGUCGGUCUGUCUGUCGGUCUGUCUGUCGGUCUGUCGGUCUGUCUGGCGGUCCGUAUUAAGUGUCCGCUCUCUAAUUCAAGUUGUUUUCAUCCGAUCUUCACCACACUUGGUCAGGAGUUGUAUCUAGAUGAUGUCCAGGUCAAAUUCGAAUAUGGGUCAUGUCGGGUCAAAAACUAGGUCAAGGGGUCACGUAGAGCCUUUUAAACAUUGAGCAUGGUGUCCGCUCUCUAAUUCAAGUAGUUUUCAUCCGAGCUUCACCAAACUUGGUCAGAAGUUGUAUCUAGAUGUUGUCCGCUGUUUUUUGUGAAGACAAAAUGCAAAAUAUUCUGUGUCAAUGCGGCAUGUGGGGGUAUUCGUCACGUCUGUGACAAAGCUCUAGUUUGUAUAGUUAUUAUCAAUAAUUGUUCAAAAAUACUAUAUGAUAAUUAUGUAUUUUUUUCGUAUAUUUAAGAUCUUUUUUAAUUAGUUUAUCAAAACAUUACACUAGUUCCCCUUUUAUUUAUUUUUUCUGUAUUUAAUGCCUACAUUGUUGUCUUUUCUGUCUUAAAAUUUCAAUCUAAUUUUUUUAUUGUUAACAGCAAAAGUAUACGUAUGUGUCUUGCAUGGCUGAACAUUUUACAUGGCAACAUAAUUUAAAGAAUUCGGGUUUGUAAACUCGUUAUAACCAUUAAAAUGCAUGCAUGGAUCAGUAUUUAUGAAUUGGUCCUACAUUUUUUUUAUAAAACGACCCCUUUUCAUGAAUUUUUAAAAUAGCAAUUUUUUAAGAGUAUGGUAUUGAAAAAAAAACUUAAUUACAUACAAAUCAAGCACGGCGAUCCCCAUCUUUUAUUUAAUUUAAAUGUAUAACAUGAACAGCAUUUCGGAAAUUAUAAAAUUCUGAAUAUUUUGAUUUCAUGUGCAUCGGGACCAAAGUUGUUCAGGGAAAAGCUCUGGGGAAACUGGGCUUAAUGCAUGUGCGUAAAGUGUCCGCACAGUCAUAUCAGGGAACACAAUGUCCGCUGUGCGUAAAGUGUCCGCACAGUCAUAUCAGGGAAGACAAUGUCCGCUGUAUUGUUUUUUCCAUUUAAAUGAAGACCCUUCUAAAAGAAAAUCUAGUUGAGGCGGAAGAUUCCGUCCCCGCAUAGCCUAUGCAAAAUGCACAGGCUAACAUUGAAAACGAUUUUACGCACAUGCAUUAAAAUCCGUUUCCCAAACCUUUUCAAAAUAUUUUUAUGAUGUUUUUUUUGCGCAUCACCGUGUUUGCGUAGUUUCAUUUUGAUGAAUGUAUUCAAAAGGGUGAAGAAGUUUUUAAACUUCGAUAUUGCCUGUUAAUUGUGGAUCACAAAAAUUGAAAAAGCAACACUUUGAAACCUCUUUUAACAAAAUUGAAACUACAACGGGCGAAAUACCAGAUGAAGAUGCUGUUCUCUGAUAUUUUACUUACUUACAAUCAAAACAUAAUGUGCAAGGUGCAUUUUUUUUUGUAUGGCACAACAAUGUAUUUUUUCAUGGCUGGAGCGGUUGUAAAGUAAUUUUUAACCAAUAAAACCUAUCUCAUUUCAACAUAUUUUGCAAUUUUAUGAAAAUAAAUAUUUAAGGUUGUUUGUUCAAAUUGUUUUAUUGUAUUUUACAGAUUCGAAUCAAAUAUGCCUUGUGUAUUCGUGUUAAGCUGUAUGUGUUGAACGGAUUGUGUUUUGUAUGCAAUUUUAUCAAUGUUAAAUUCUUUUUAUGAGAUCUGUAUUGUUCUCUUAGUGCUCUUUAGAAUGAAAUUCAAGUAAACGUGUGCAUAUCUUAUUCGUAU